AUGAAGCUGAAUCUAAAGAGCCUAGUAUUUUUCUGCCUUUCGGCAUCGAAUUUGUUUCGUGCAAAUGCUGAUAUCCUUGAUGAUGCCAUGCUUGGUCAAAUGGACGACGAACACGUAAUCGGUGCUUCUGUGGCAUACUUCAACAAGGAAUUCAUGACCGAGCCCAUCAUCCGUUCCUAUGGAAAAGUAUCCAGUACAAGUGGUGCCAAAGAUGUCACCAAUGAUACAGUGUUCAUGAUUGCUUCCGUUUCCAAAGUAUUUGCGGGUGCCGCGGUCUUGAAGCUAGUUUCUCAGAAUGUGAUUGCCUUGGACGACGAUAUUUGUAAUGUCUUGCCAGGGGACUAUGAUCCUUCGGCAUGCCGCAAUCCCAAGCAUGUCAAUACGCCAGUGACUUGGAGAAUGUUGGUGACCCAUCAGUCCUCUUUGAGAGAAGAAAUUCCGGAUAUCAAUGGUAUGAGUCCCAACUAUGGACCAACCGGAGCUUACUACGGAGCGGCGGUUGGAAAUCCUACUUGUCCCCUGUCUGAUGUCGUUGGCUUCUACCGAGAUAUCAUGAUCAAUAAGGAGACCGAAACGACAGUGGGAGCUGGAUUCGAAGUAGGUUUCAACUGGUUUGACGCUGUGAAUGGCACUGUCUGGGAAGACUUUGCGCCAGGGACUCAGACCCUCUACAGUAAUUUUGCGAUUGGGUACAUUGCUGCGCUGGUGGAACAUGCCACCGGAAAGACCUUCCCAGCCUACUGCAAAGAGAACAUUUUUGACCCUCUAGGCAUGACAAAUACUGCGUGGUUCAGAGAAGACUUGCCUAGUGGGGUUCAGGAGACUAUGCCAAUUGACUAUUUGGGCAAGGGGCAGAACAUCUUCUUGGAAGACAACUCUACCUUGCCACCUGGGGAUCAGUUUGAAGAUUUGGAACACUAUUGUUUCAUUGACUAUGCAAGUGGCUCCCUUCGAACCACCGCAAAGGAUCUAUCGCUAUAUCUGGACUCAAUGUUGAACUAUGGGGCUCCAACGCUUUGGACGGAAGAACAAGGAUUAUCAGGUGUCAGUUGUGCCGAGAAGGACGUAGCCUUCAAUGAUUGUGAAUUUGGAAUUGCUUGGGAGCUUCUCAAGAAACUUUUUUCCGACCCGUGGCUUGCGGAGCCAGCAAGUCGUUUCAGUUGGGAGAACGCGGUUGCCCACGCUGGAUUUGAAGCUGGUUCGCAGACUCAAGUAAUUCUGUUUCCCGAAUCCGGUAUUUAUGCGUUGGUUUUGACGAAUACAAAUGGCAAUGAUGAUGAUGCGGCUCAAGAUAUAAUGGUGGAUCUCUUGAAUACUGCCAUGGACCUUGUCAAUCCUCCGCAAUCAACAACGAGUGCCGGAAACAGAGGAACUGGACGACCGAAUGGAGCUUUCAUGUUUAUCCUAUUCUGCAUGACGGUGGUACCUUUCUUUGAUAGUGCAUCUAAAUAG